UCCUCCCCUUUCCCCUGGAGCUGUUCACCGCUAGGCAAUCUGGUUCUGGCUGGAGCUGCUGCUGCACUGAGCUUUCUCUACUCCACUUUCCUGCAGCGGCCAUACUGGGGGCAACCCAAACUUGCUACAUACUGGCACCAACUCCUCCUCCUCCUCCUCUUGCUGCUGUAACCGCCCCUAUUUCUAGUUCUAGCCACACACCGAGGAAUUAAACCUGCUUCAGUAGUCCUCGUCUAGGAUAGGGACUGGGAGAAACUAGAUGCUAAAGGGGAUUGAAGGAAAGAGAGAGUGUGGCAGUGUAAAAGCAAAAUUGUGGCGAGGAGGAAAGCGCAGGCGAAGAGGAAGUUUCUUCUUCUCAAGCAUCAGAGAGAGAACUGGGAGCACAGAGAGAAAACUUCUUGCUCAGAUCAGUCAAGCAUUAUUUAUUAAACACCUUCUAUGUUCCGGGAACUGUGCUAGGCUGCGGGGAUACAAAUGCAAAGAAUUAAUUCCCACUCAAAACCAACUUACAUUCUUGUGGAGGAGACAACAAGUAUAUAUAACCUCUCCUGAUGCAUUCCAUGACCAAAUGAUAUAGAGGUUGAGAAGAGACUCUACCUAUUCUAGUGAGUAAGAAGAAGCAUAUCCUUAUAUCUGGAUUUGAUCACUAGAUGGCUCCUCCCAGAACCUCCAUUUAAGAAGGAUGCCCAAGCCAGCCAUGUCCUCAUUCCUCUUCAGACUGCACUUCAGAUUUUACCAUGCCCCCCUGCCAGAUAAGAAGAUCUCUUAAGUUGUAUCCUGUUUCCAGAAAUAACCUGAAAGUUUGAAAUACUGCAAGGUGCAUUUUCUGUCAAGACCGUGGAGAAGAAUGUUCUUCAAAGACAACAUAAUAUUUAAGAAGAACCCCAUGUGUGGAGUUUCUUUUCAUCUGUCAUGCUGGAAAAGGAGUAUUCCUUCAGAGAAAUAACCUUUUGGAUACCUCCAUUUAUGAGUUUAUUUGCAUGUUAUUAAUUCUUACUUUGUUGCAUUCAACAAUUUUUCCCAGUGAUAUACAAUAAGCUGAAGACAUUUGCUCCUGCAGCUGUUCAACAGCUACCACCCCACGAAGAUGCUUAAUAUGGCUUUAAAUGGACUCUUCAUAGUUUUGGUUUUGUCAUUUGGAACAACAGUUGCUUUUGGUCCAAUACCUAGAAUCACUUGGGAGCAGAGAGAAGUACGUCUUAUACAUUUUCAGGAGCCAGGAAUCUCAAACUAUUCUACUUUGUUGCUAAGCAAAAUAAAAGACACUUUGUACAUAGGAGCCAGAGAAGUGAUUUUUGCUGUGAAUUCACUUAACAUUGCUGAAAAACAGCAUGAGGUAUACUGGAAAGUUACUGAAGAUAAAAAAGCAAAAUGUUCUGAAAAGGGCAAAUCUAAACAGACAGAGUGCCUCAACUAUAUCCGAGUCUUACAACUCCUUAAUGAUACUGUUCUAUAUGUGUGUGGUACUAAUGCAUUUCAGCCAACUUGUGAUCAUCUGCUUUUAAAAACGUUUGAACUUGUUGGUAAAAAUGAAGAUGGUAAAGGCAGGUGUCCAUUUGAUCCAGCACAAAGCUAUACAUCCAUUAUGGUUGAUGGGGAGCUUUACUCUGGGACAUCCUAUAAUUUCUUGGGAAGUGAACCCAUCAUUUCUCGAAAUUCUCCUCAAAGUCCCCUGAGAACGGAAUAUGCAAUACCUUGGCUUAAUGAACCUAGUUUUGUCUUUGCUGAUGUGAUCAGAAAAAAUCCGAAUAGCACAGAUGGAGAAGAUGACAAAAUCUACUUCUUUUUCACAGAAGUGUCUGUGGAGUAUGAAUUUUUUGGAAAAUUGAUGAUUCCCAGGAUAGCUAGAGUGUGCAAGGGGGACCAAGGAGGCUUAAGGACUUUACAGAAGAAAUGGACCUCCUUCCUAAAAGCCAGAUUAAUCUGUUCCAUACCAGAGAAUAACUUUAUCUUCAAUGUGAUCAAUGAUGUUUUUAUUCUCAAAUCUCCAGAUUUAAAAGAACCUGUGUUUUAUGCAGUUUUCACUCCACAAUUGAAUAAUGUGGGACUGUCAGCAGUGUGUGCAUACAACAUGUCCCUUGUGGAAGAAGUAUUCUCCAAAGGAAAAUACAUGCAGAGUGCUACUGUGGAGCAGUCCCAUACCAAAUGGGUCCGUUACAGUGGAGAGAUUCCCAAACCUCGACCAGGAGCGUGCAUUAACAAUGAAGCAAGAGCAGCCAACUACAGUAGUUCCUUGAACUUGCCAGACAAAACACUCCAGUUUGUGAAAGAUCACCCUUUAAUGGACGACUCUGUGUUUCCAAUAACAAACAGACCCAGGCUAAUAAAAAGAGAUGUGAAUUACACACAGAUUGUGGUUGAUAGGAUCCAGGCACUUGACAAGACAGUAUAUGAUGUCAUGUUCAUUAGCACAGACACAGGAGCUUUGCAUAAAGCAGUCAGCUCUGAAAAUGGCAUGCACAUCAUUGAGGAAACUCAACUUUUCCAAGACUUUGAACCAGUUCAGACCCUUCUGCUCUCUUCUAAGAAGGGCAAAAGGUAUAUCUAUGCUGGUUCCAAUUCUGGUGUGGUUCAGUCUCCUGUUGCUUUUUGUGAAAAACACAGCACAUGUGUAGAUUGUGUGUUAGCCAGGGAUCCCUACUGUGCUUGGAAUCCACGAAAAGCCUCAUGUGUUGCUAUCUUCAAAGAACAUGGCAGCAACAGCAGUUUGAUUCAGAAAAUGAAUGGUGAUGCAUCUUCUUGUACUGAUAAAGAUGAAAAAGUAAAAGAAAAUUACCUGCUGCAUUUUGGAGGCACAGCAGAACUAAAGUGUGCUCAAAAGUCCAACUUGGCCCAAGUAAUUUGGAAGUUCCAGAACGGUGUACUAAAGGUGGAGAGCCCCAAGUACCGCCUUGUGGGGAAGGCCUUGCUCAUAUUCAACUUAUCAGAAGGGGACAGUGGGGUUUAUCAGUGUUUAUCUGAAGAAAAGGUGAAGAAUAAGAAAUUCUCUCAAGUGAUUGCUAAGCAUGUUUUGGAGGUGAAAAAGAUCUCCCACACUACUACUGUGAGCCCUACCUUGACAGCAGCACAGACAGAAGGUAAAGGGAUUGCCCCAAAAAAGUCAGGCAUGACAACGAAAGGGCCUACUGCUCAGACUUCAGCCAUGUCAGUUAUGUGGGUAACGACUUCAAGCGUAGUAACACAACCUUCCAACCCUGUCUUAACAAGCACAGUCUCUGAACCAAAAAUCAUCAUCCAGUCUGUCCCUGAAGUUCAUUCAGAGAAGAGCCUGUACCUAAAGUCAAAUGAUAAUCGCUUUCUAAUGUUUCUCUUUUUAUUUUUUUUUGUUCUGUUUCUUUGUCUCUUCUCCUACAACUGCUAUAAGGGCUACCUUCCAGAACAGUGUUUAAAAUUUCGUUCAGUUAUGUUACUGGGUAGGAAAAAAACGAAGUCUGAUUUUUCUGAUUGUGAGCAGAGUGUGAAGGAAACUUUGGUGGAACAAGGAAGUUUUUCACACCAAAAUGGAGAACAACCGAAAUUAGCCUUGGAUACAGGCUACGAGACCGAACAAGACACCAUCACAAGCAAAAUGCAAACAGACAGAGAGGAUUCUCAGAAAAUAGAUGAUCUUCCUAUCAGAGACAAGCCCUUUGAUGUUAAGUGUGAACUGAAAUAUGCUGACUCAGAUGCUGAUGGUGACUGAAGGAGAAAUUCUUCUUUCUGUAAUGAAGGUAGCUGUGGUUUUUCACGGCACAGAAGUCUUUGGGUUGUGACAGUUCCUGUGCCAGAGGGCUUUCCACUAGACACAUUGAUUCAGUGUCAUCUAAAACCUAGUUCCUAGGGCAGGAUGCAUAUUCUUCAGAAAACUAUUUUUCAUUAUGUUUCUAUUUAACUGGGUCGCUCAUCUCAUCCAUCUCUCUCCUUCUUUCCUUUUCUCCCUUCCUCCUUGCCCUCCCCCGCCCACCUCCCUACCUUUCUCCCUCUUUUCCUUUUUAGGAAAAUGGUCAUUGUCAAAUCAAAUAAUCUUGGAGAGCUAUAGAUUGUGCUGAUUUAUUUCAGUUUUUUCCUAGCAAAGGGAAAGAAACAAAAAGAUUGACUUUACUUCAGUCUACAUGAGAAGAGAUUUACCUUUAGCUUCCCCUCAUUGUAGCAGCCUUUUAAAAAGAAAUAAUUUAAUUCCAGAUUGGAAAUGAAAUUUUAGUUUAUCAGAUUGGUAAAUUAUAGGUUAUUGUCCAAUUUGGGACUUAACUUUGCUUUCAUUGAUUGUGUUCCUUAUGUUUUAGUUUUAUUUGUUAGUAUAUCAGGACAUCUUAAAUUAGUUAAAUAGUGUUUUAAUUUACUUACGUACAGUCUCUCAUUUGAUCCUCAUAAGAAUAUUAUCUCUAUUUUACAGAUGAGGAAAUGGAGGCUCAGAGAGAUUAAAUAACUUGACAAUAGUCACACAGCUAGUAAUUUAAUUUUUAGAUGCUGCUGAAUCUCCUAGAUUUUAUUGUAGAUCAAAUCUGGGGUAAAAUCUGGUUUGGUUUGCAUAAGAGUCUCAGGGAAACUUGCUUACUAAAAGAUGCUUUAUUUUAUUUUUAUUUUGCUUUUAGACAUUUAGGCACAGAAAGCCUCUUGAGCAAAAAUAACCUUUUUUUUCUUUUUAUGAGGGGAACAUGGUUUUAAGAAAGGUUUUCUUUCUUCAUUUAAAAAUGUUUUUCAACAAAAACAAAUUGAAGACUGUCUGUCACCUUUGUGGAUUUUGAGCAAGAGUGAAAAGAAUGUUCCAGCCCAGCCUGUGUUUCCAAGUUUUGCUGACAGAUUAGGGACUACCAGCGCUGUGGAAGUAACGCAGAAAGACUGAUGCGGAGAAUUCAUUAUAGAGACUGGAGCCAUCAGAUGACUGAAACAGUGAAACAAAAAGGAAAAAAGAAAAUAAGGGGGUUUUGAGUGGAAAAGUUUCUUUUUGCUUAAAUCUCACCUACCCUAGAUUUUUCAAAUGACUUGUCAGCCCUUUCCCUACCAGAAAACAAGUUGGGAAUUGAUCAGUGAACUGAGUGGCUGAACUGUCCAAUAAAAAAUGCCUGUGAACAGAACUAUUAAUUCAUUCCAAAACUAUUUCACCCUAGCUCUUUGUACAGGUUUUAUUGUUCAGUAGCGUUUUAAUCAUUGUUUGCUUUACACUUUCUCUUUUUUGUAAAUACCUUUCAGAAAUAGUCAUUUUUCAUAGCAAGGAGCAAUAAACCCUGCUCUGUGUGUGUGUGCACGUUUGCACAUUUGAACUCAUUUUCCAAUUUAAUAUAAUUUGGAUCCUCUGAGUGUGAACAGUGUAUAUUUUAUAAGAUUCAUUUUUUAUUUUUUUAUUUUUGAAUUGUGUAUGUAUGAGAAGUGACAGAAUAAAUAAUAAACUGUUCUAUCCUUUGUUUGGGUGAAA